UCAGGCGGUGAUGUCAUACAGUCUAGAGCCGCGAGUGAACAGCCGAGCAGUAUCACAUUUGCGUGUCUUCUGCUCUUUCCUCGCCAGCGCCAUGUGCGUCGUAACCGUCGUCUUCAGUUACCUUCACACGCGAGACAACAAAGACGUGGCUUACUGGACGGCAGAACACAGCUGGAUGAGAGAACGAAAUAGUUGGGCCUAUCACGUGGUGGCUACUGCCUCGGAGUGGGUCCUCGCUGGAGCCUUUUACGUCGUCUUGUUGACUCUAGUCCCAGAGUUCAAGCGUGUGACGGUGCAGGGUAUGGUGGUGGAGCUGGAGAGAGACCGCAGACAAGUAAGAGGAGACGACAGCCGCAGCACCGGCACGGUUAAUGAGUCCUUCGCGGAGACUGUCAGAUUAUGAUAGAAGCUCCAAGCAAUCUAGUCAAACCCCACAAGAGAUAUGCUGUUACAAGGUAAUUAAUUUUAAGGAGUGAACUCACUGCAAGGCUAAUGGACACCUGGAUACUGAAGGAAGCAGCAAAAUGAAAGUUACAAGAAUAAUUCUUUAUCAUGAAUAAUAAGGAAUAUAUUCAAUCUUGUUCAAAAGUAAAAGAAAAAAAAUCAUGCAAUACCUUUUAAAAAAGUCAGAUUACUCAAGUUCAAACAUAAUAAAGAUACAAUAGUAUCUAGAAAAAGCAUUUGGUAUAUUCUUUUUUAAAUUUGUGUAAUUAGGUAAUCUACCCCACAUACUGCAGACCUGUGUAUGGAUAGUCUUUGUUCUUAAAAGCAUCAGGAACAUGUAAACAUUUGAAAUGUAUUCCACACAAGUGUUUAUCUUCCUUAAUAAAAACUCAUGUAACAUCUGGAAAUAUUGAAGUUUGUAUUACCUAUCUAUAAUCUAACAUUAAUUACAGUAAAUGUCUUCCUAUUGCUAUCAAGAUUGCAGUUUAUGGAUAUGUAAUACAAAGAAUGCAAACCACUUAAUCUGCCUUUUGACUGGAAUGUGAUUAUGCUAUUUUUCUGCUUUUUACUUUACCAAAACUUCUUUUGUAGCUGGUGCCACUGUUAAUGUGCAACUUGACUUUUUCAAUGUGUGUUUAAUGCAUGUGUGAAUCAGCAUUUGUAAAUAAAUGUGAAAAAGUAAAGAUGUGUAUGAAACACAGGUAUUUCAAUA